AAUGACCCAACUGCAGUAUGAUUUGGCUAGGGCUCAGUGGAAUUUCACUGGCCUUACAAUAUGAUUUACACUAGCUUGUCGAAAAGAUACCUGCCCCUAAUAAUUGUUUAAUCACAUUCAAAAUCUGAUCGAUUUAACCACGUUUCCAUUAUUAUUUAUUCUGCAACUUGAUUGCUUGAAAAUGUUUUAUCUCACUCUAUUCCACUCUUGUCAUCUGGUUAUUCCGAUCGAAGAUAAGUUUGAAAAUGGGCUCAGAAAAUUGUUUGUCUAUUCUACUUUUUGUUUGUGUAGUUAAUGUAACUAAUAUGUCAGAUGAGUGCAAAAAAAACGUCUUUCAUGAAGAUUUAUUUGGAAGUGCUUUUGUAGACCAGAAUGAAUCUGCAGGAAGUGAUUCUGAUGGCAUCAGCGAUAGCGUUGUGGGGAAUGUGAGUAAAUUACUAGUUAUACCUAAUGGAUACACUGGAAAAUUACGAAAAGGCCAUCUAAUCUUCGACGCAUGUUUUGAAAGUGGAAAUCUUGGAAAGGUUGUGUACGUCAGUGAAUACGAGUAUGAUUUAUUUAUACGUCCGGAUACAUGUAAUGAACGAUUCAGAGUAUGGUUUAAUUUCACAGUGGAAAACACUAAAUAUGAACAGCAACAAAGACGUCUAGAUCUUAUAACAAUUACUCAUCCUAGUAAUCUCAAUAAAACGGCUGACAAGAAACGUGUGAUAUUUGUGACCGCUCGUGUUCAUCCUGGUGAAACACCAUCAUCUUAUGUUUGCCAAGGAUUUAUUGAUUUCAUGGUUAGUAAUCAUUCGAUAGCUCAACAAUUACGUGAACAUUUAAUUUUUAAAAUUGUUCCAAUGUUAAAUCCAGAUGGUGUUUAUUUGGGAAAUUAUAGAUCAUCUUUAAUGGGAUUCGAUUUAAAUAGACAAUGGCAGUCUCCAUCCUUAUGGGCACAUCCUACUAUUUAUGCUACAAAACAAUUGUUAAUGAAUUUGGACAAUAAUCCAUUCAUCGAUGUGAAUUUCUUCAUUGAUAUACAUGCACACUCUACACUAAUGAAUGGAUUUAUGUAUGGAAAUAUAUAUGAGGAUGAAAAACGAGCAGAAAGGCAAGCUAGAUUUCCAAGUUUGUUAAGUCAGUUUGCUGAAGACUUUAGUUUACCACAGACAAAUUUCAAUAAAGAUACUUUAAAAGCUGGAACUGGUCGACGCACAUUGGGUGGUAUUCUGGACGAUCACACUAUUUGUUAUACAUUAGAAGUUUCAUUUUACAGUUACACAGAUAUGUUAACCAAUGAAAUGAUUCCGUAUACUGAAGAAAAGUAUGCUCGACUAGGCAGAAAUUUAGCUAGAACAUUUUAUGAAUAUUAUUCAAAUGAAGGUACUUUAUGUAACAUGUCGUCGUCAUCUAGAGUUGAUUCAAUUCAUUCACCUGGUAAUAUUUCGAUAUCAAGCUAUUCCUUACAUAAUAAUCAUAAUUUAUCAAAUGUAAAUUUAGAGGAUGACCACAGUCAACAUCAUCACAGUAAUGAUGUAAAGAAUUAUGGAAUAAAUAAAGAAUCAAUCGUCCAACCCACGUCAUCUAAAGACUGUUUAGAAGAUAGACUAAAAUAUAAUUAUGAUCAGUUAAAAAGAUUAAAUCAGACAUUGAAUUCCUUAAGCUGUUGUACAAUAUCAGAUUCAUUCUCAGCAAAUGCACAUUCAUUGAGAUCAACAUCAAAAGAUAAGAGCUGAACAAUAACCUAAUAAAUUGUCUAUGAUGGGGAAAUGUAACAUAAUAAGUACACAGCGAUGCCGAAAAUUACUUCUUCACUUCAGAAUUAAAAAUAGAUCAAAUGUUUAACCAAUAUUUUUCGCACUACUGGUUUAUAAUGUAUUUGGUUUUUUUGUACAUGUGUUUUAUUCUUUCCUUUCAUUUCUCUUUUUCUAGUAAAAUAACGAUAAUAAAUAAUAAGAAUGAAUAUUUUGCUGUACACUUCACUGUACUAUAGUCUAUCUACUGAAUUGUAAAUAAGCUGAUUGAACAACUGUGCUGUUAAUAGAUCUAUUUUAAAAAAUGUACAGUUUAAUUUAAUGCUGAUUUAAGGUUCAUAUAAAUGCCUGUGUUGUUGUAGAGUUCUUUGAGAUAAACGGUUUAUCUAUUGAGUUUUCAUUGUUAUUCUUGAUAAUAUGAUUGACGCCUACUUUAUAAAGAAGUGAGCAUUUUUAGUUAUUCACUAUGUAUUGAAUUAGAUCGUUCUAAUAGUCUUGUUUGUAUUCCUAGGGUUUGUUGACUUCGUUUGUCCUUAUAUUUUUAUUGACUGUCCUGUUCCGUUGAUCUCAGACGCGCUUGUGUAACAAUUGAAGCAAAGCUUUAUAAACAGCAGUUUUAGUGUCACAGAUCUGGAAGUUCUUUACGUAAGAAAGUUAUUGUGAUCAUAACAAUAGCCUUAAGUUAUUCCCUAAAUAAUCGUCUUCCACACAAAAAAAUAUUAAUGAUCUAACUUCAGCAGAACAUUUAUUAUAAUAGCUACAUCUCUCAUUACAGGGACAUAAAGUAUUCUGUCCCAAAUAUGUUCGCUAUCCUACUGUUUAAAAUGUAACGUGUGAAAUAUAUUUUUUAUCAAUC